UUUGCUCUCCUUCAUAAAGAUUGGUCAGAUUUUUGUUAGGGCUAAGUGGUGGAGGCAACUUAGUACGGGAUGGACAUGGUCGAUUCAUCUUCGGGUACUCAUGCUUCUUUGGCAAUUUGACAAGCUUGGAGCAGGAUGGGAUGAAUAUUGUGAACAGAAUAUUACUAACGAACAUCACAUGCUACUGCUUCGACAUAUUGGGAAUUUAUUCUUUGAUGUUAUUAAUUUUUGUGAAUUGCAACAAGAAGUUAAUCUCAGUUGGACAGUCCCCUUAACAAACCUUCAUCUUCGGCAAGAUUCUCGUGCCGAUCCACCAAUUCAUGAAGAAAUAGUGACAUCUUCACUUCAACCUCAUUUCUCAAAAGACUCAUCCACUUCAGUAUGCUUCUAUCAAAGCUUUCACUCAGCCGACCCGUAUACAUUGAAAAUCCCACGAUUUGUUGACUACUUUCUCAAUGAACAAAAAACUACAUUUAUAGCUCUCAGAACGGGAGAUAACAUAACAGAAAUUGGAAUGAAAGGCAAGCGGCUCAAAAAAAAUUGGAAAGCUUUCAUUCUUCAACAUCAACUCCAACACAAUGACGUCCUUAUUUUCAUUCCAGAAUCGAAGACCGUCUUUACUGUUUUAAUAUUUGACAGCAAUGGAGAUGAAAAAAUUUUCCCUUGGUACCCUGUAUUUCAUAUCCAUUACUAUAAUUAG